AGCAAAACUCCAUUAUUUCGCAAUCUCAAAUUAUACUUGUAAAUUUGCGACAUAAUUAGAAGUGAAAACAUAAAAAAUUCAAGAAAUUUGUAGACGAAUAAUUCAAUGAUAUUACCGCAGUAGAAAAACUUUUCAAAGUUGUCUCAAAACUCUGUAAAUUGAGAUAUAAGAAUGCAUAUUUUUCUCGCAUUUUUGUUUACCAGAUUUUUUUCUCACCUCCUUCAAGAAGAGUUCGCGAUGGUUUCUUUUGCAAGCCCAAAUAGCAAGCUCGUUUUUGAACAAUCUAGCUUCAAUCACCCGAAAACAAGACACAAUAAUGUGAUAAACGAGCAUUUGUAUAACUAUUCUGUAAAUGUCACCCUUCCAGGAUGUGCCUCUAUAGCUAAACUGUUGGACGGUGAUUUGACUACUCAAGAGCAUUUCAUCAUACGCAAACUGAAAUUAGUGAAACUGCUCGAUACCGAGGUUGUAAUGGGCUUCAUCAAAUCAGGUAAAUUGUUUAUGAUGUCACAUGACACGCAUAUUGACAAAGAAGAUUGUGCUGGUGUCACCCCUUCAGGCUUGCUCGUGUUGAACUUGGUAAAAGACACAUUUGAAGCAUUAGGACUUGAUGGUUCACCAUCAGAGUUCAACAGAAAGUCCAAUUCAAGAUAUGUUGUCACCAUUGACCUGCUGCACAAUGACAUGAGGCCUGGUACCAAAAAGUAUGUGAAAACCCUUCAGCGGCUUGAAGCACUAGAUCUGAAAUUUGACUUCAUGUUCAACUGGGAACCAAAUGAUAACAAAAUAAGCCAAAGGUCUUUGCCAGUUUACCUGCGGAAUAAUGGAUACAAGGUUAGGAAGUGCAGGACAGAGAGAACGCAGACAACAUAUGAAGGAAUAAAUGUCCCUAGUUUACAGAGUAGUGCUGGUUAUAGUAAGGAUGAUGAUAACUAUCUUGAAGUGUAUGAAUGGCUAGGGGCUGUGGCUUGUGCAGUCGAAGUAGAUGCCAGUGAUCCACUAGAUGAGAUAUCCAGCUAUACAUGCCAGGUCCCAAAUACAUACAUGAAUAAACUCACUAUAGGAAGAUAUACAGGUUUCUUUACCACUGGUACUAUAUCCCGUCUCCUACAGAAUACAAGAGAUCUCAUGAAAGAGAACAAACUACCAUGGGCUUCAGUAACUAUACAUGGCUUUGCUGAUUCCCCGUUGUCCUGGAAACACAGAGAACAUGGUUACCAUAAGGGAGGGGAGAAUCUUUACACAUAUGUUGUGUUUCCAAAUGAUGAAUACUGGCUGUACAUGGCUAUAGGGACUCAUGAUAUUUGUCCUUGA